AGAUGUUUGUAAAAAAAAAUGCUGAGGAAAAAAACAAAAACAAAUGAACCAAUUCUUAAUGCAAAUUCUAGCUGUUUAUGACGUUUCACUUUCUUUCUCCAUGAAUAUUCAUUUUAUAAGAAGUGCAAUACGAUAAGUUUCAACAACUGUUGUAGGGGGAGGCAGAGAGAAUGUAUUCCCGGAAAAGAUACCUCUGUAACUGUGUCAUAGGCAAACUUUAAACAUCUGAAGUCCUCUGAGUCAUUGUUUGCCCCUGGCUGCCUGUCUAAAGCCACACCCUUAUUUUAAUUCCGGAUUUUCUGUGCCACAGUCAUAUUUUCUGAGAACUGAAACUUUGCCGUCAUGGAGGAAACAGCUUCGAGUGGAUCCACAGAUGUGAAAUGUGAUGUGUGCAUCGGGUUGAAGCGCAAAGCAGAACAGGCCUGUCUGGAGUGUGUGUCUUCAUACUGUGAGAUUCAUCUUGACCUGCACAACACACUGCAUGUCGGGAAAAGGCACAGACUAGUUGAGGCAAAUGAAACCCUGCGGGAGAAAAUCUGCCCUCAUCAUGAAAAGCUACAAGAGGUCUACUGUCGCACAGACCAGCAGUGCAUCUGUCACCUGUGCAUUACUGAUAAUCACAGGGGUCAUGAUGUCAUUGCACUGGAGAAAGAAGUGAUUGAUAAACAGCUUAAGUUGGGAGAGUUGCAGAGGCAAACCACUGAUACAAUCCAAGCAAUGGAGAAAGACGUGCAGGAGCUGAGACAAGCUGUUGAGGUUUUCAGGACCUCAGUUCAGGAGGCACUGAAGAAGAGCGAGGGAAGCUUCACUGGGCUGAUUCAAUCCAUGAAGGACAAUAGGAGAAAAGUGACAGAGCUGAUCCAAGGUCAGACAGAUGCUGCUGAAAGGCAAGCGGAAGAAUUCGCAGAGACAUUACAGCAGGAGAUCAAUAAACUGAAGGACAUAGAUGAUAAACUAAAAUACCUGGAGUUGCUCUCUCAUUCAAACAAUGAUGUCCGAUUUCUUGAGAACACAAUGCAAAUGCCCUCCUUGAAUGCAUAUAAAAAAUGUUUCAUCCUACUCGAGCAUCCAUACUGUUCAUUUGACCGUGCCACUGAAGCAGUCGCUGAAUUAAUAACGAAGUUAAAUAUAAUCAGCAAGUGGAGUUUAUUAACAAUCUCUGGAAGAGUGAAAACCACUGGAAUUGUGACAUCACCGCCACCACAGACACGACAGGACUUUUUACAGUAUGCAACCAAACUCACUUUUAAUACCAACACAGCACACACAAGCCUCCGCUUGUCAGAUGAGGACAGGAAGGUGACUGCCUCACAUCUGAACAAGGACUAUCCUGAACACACUGAGAGGUUUGACUGCAGAGCACAAAUUCUGUGCAAUGAAGCCCUCAAAGGGUCACCGCAUUAUUGGGAGGUGGAGUUUGGUGGUGGUGGGGGCUGGGUCUGCAUUGCCGUGUCUUACAAAGGGAUUUGUAGGAAAGGAAAGCGAGGACCACUCUUUGGGAGGAACUCAUAUUCAUGGGGACUACGUUCUUAUGGGUCGACAUCUGAGUUCUGGCAUAACAAUAAGAUGAUUGAUUGUAAGAGUCAGUCUUGGUAUUCCAGAAUAGGAGUCUAUUUGCACCACAAUGCUGGAAUUCUAGCAUUUUACAGUGUUUCAGACAACAUGGGUCUUAUUUAUAAGACUCAAACUAUGUUUAGUGAGCCUGUUUAUCCUGGGUUUGGAAUGUCAGGGAAAGGAUGCUAUCUGAGACUUUGUGAUCAAGUGAAAAGUUAGGAUGUAUUAUACCAUGGGCCUGUUGAAUGCUUUAUUCUGAUUGGUUGAGAAAUGCACACCUAACGUGUUAAAUGUCUUAAAGUAACCACCAGAGCCAUGUUUGUGGUAACUGUGGUAUACGAGGAAUAAUUGACGACGGGCCGUUGAAUUCUUAAAAAAUAAGGCACACCCAAGGUGGUAAGGGUGUGCAUUAUUUUCAAAAUAUUCAAAGGACCGGAGUCAAUUAUUCCGUGUCAAUUAUUUCUUAUGUAUUCUAUUCUUUUGAUAUUUUACAUGUGAAUAUAAGUAUCUAAGGUAUUUAAAUACUUUUUUCAGAUUAAAAAGAUUUGCAAAGACAUUAUUUGGCAUUGAAGGAAGGGUGUAGUUUUCACAUGCACACACUUGGUGGCAGCACUACAUUAGUUUUAAUACCUGUGAUUUUAUAUCUCUGUCUGUAGUUAAGAUCAAUGAUUACUGUAUUUAAGACCAAAGGUAGGUAUGGUCAGCAAAAACUGGAUAAAUAUUCAAUAUGCAGGAUCUCAGUCAAAAAGGUUUGUACAUUUUUUAUCAUAAUACAUUAUAUAAUGUAUUUUAU